AUGGGGAACCUUACUGUCUUAUGCAUGUAUCAGCUUCCGCAUCUACAAACUAGUCCAAGAUUGCUUCACAAGUCAUCCCUGCCUUACUGCUUAGGAAACGUUGGUUUGCUUAGUUGGCAACUUCUUGACAUGUUAAGCCCACACGUUAGUUACAAUAUGACACAGUUUGUGGUUGAAUCCGUGCUUGAGAAAUUGGACUCACUCAUCCAAAAGGGGUUAAGACCAUUUCUGAGUUUUGAUCAAGACCUUAUGAGGCUUGCUAACAUGUUCGCUACUAUCAAGGCUUCGCUUGAAGAUGCUGAGGAGAAACAAUUCUCAGACACAGCUGUUAAGGAUUGGCUGAAAAACCUAAAUGCUGCUGCUCAGAUGGUGGAAGACAUUAUUGAUGAUUGUGCCUAUGAAGCAUUGGGGUUGGAGUACCAAGGAGUCAAAGGUGAUCGAUCAUACAAGGUACAACGCUCUUGCUUAUUCUCUUUUCAUCCCAAGCAUGUUGUUUUCGGUUACAAAACUGCUAAGAAAAUGAAAGAGAUAAGAGAGAGAGUAAAAGAAAUUGUCGAAGAAAAGUCUUUGUUUCAGUUAACUGAAACUGAAAUGAUUGCGGAGCGCCAAACUACCUUUUCCAUCCCAAAAGUUUAUGGAAGAGAAAAAGAUGUUGAUAAUAUUUUGAAGUACUUGUUUGAGAGUUUUUACUAUAGAUUUGAAGAGGAUUUAAAGGUCUUUCCAAUUGUAGGUGAAGAUGAAAUUGUAAAAACUACAAUUGCCAAACUCAUUUUUGAUCAUUGGAGGGUAGUCAACCACUUUGAGUUAAGAAUUAGGGUAUGUAUAUGUCUGGAUUUCAGUUGGAGGAGAAUGAUAGAAGCUAUCGUCAAAGCAGCUAUUGGGUGUAACUGCGAGGAUUUGGAUAUAGAGCUACUACAAAAUAAACUUCUAUAUCUUCUCCAAAGAAAAAGAUACUUGCUUGUUUUGAAUGUCGCAUUAUAUUACGAGCAACAGGAUUGGGAAAGAUUUUCUGAGAACAGGCGGAGGUUGAAAUCAGUAUUAGAUUGUGGGAAAAAGGGUGCUCCCAUUUUGGUCACUACUUGUCUUCCAGAGAACAAAGUAAAACAGGAAGAGCUUGUGGUGAUAGGGAAGGAGAUAGUAAAGAAGUAUGGGCAAAUACCUCUUGCAAUAAAACUAGUGGGAGAUCUUCUACGCUUCAAAAGAGAGAAAGAAGAGUGGCUCUAUGUUAUGAAAAGCAACAUUUGGAAAGUUCCAGCACGUGAGGACCUAUCUAUUGCCACAUGGGUACAGUGUCCACCUUCCUCCCGAGGAUUGCCACAAACUAUCAAGCUUGCCACCUCAGAUGGGGAAAGGAGUUUAACAUCGUACUUUGUCAGCAACGAAAGAGAGUUCUUUUUGACAGACUUGGGAGCGCUGAAGCUGAGAGAAGAUCUUGACAUCUAG